AUGAAGCUCUCCUGGUCUCUCGUGCUGUCAUCUGCAGCCGCAGCCACUGCGAGCUACUCGGGCAAUCUGAACUACCGCAGUCCGUCUGAGCACCAUCCAGGACUCGGUGUCUCCAUUCACCGUGUUGCGAAGCGCGGGGUCCCCGGAUCGUCCUUUGACCCAUCCAAGUUGCACUUCACCCAUGGCGUUGCUUCUGGAGAUCCCUAUGCAGACUCGGUGAUUCUCUGGACUCGCUGCUCGCCAACUUUCGAUGAUGUUCACUCAAAUACCUCUACGCAUGGUGUUGUUCCAUUGUACAACCCAGUCCCGAUCUACUCAGGGAAUGAAGAUGCAGAGCAGGUGGCCGUGUCGAAUGCCCCUGUUUGCUUGGAUUACAAGGUCUCUAAAGAUGAGAGCUUCAAGCACAUUGCAGCAGAAGGCACCGUGUAUACCAGUUCCGACAUUGACUAUACUGUUAAGGUCGAAGCAUCCAAGCUGAAGCCAUUCACCACCUAUUUCUACCAGUUCCAAGUUUGCAAUUCGGACAACAAGAGCCCGGUUGGAAGAACUAAAACUGCUCCCGAUUCGAAGAAGGAGGUCGAGCAGGUCAACCUGGCCGUUUACUCUUGUGCCAACUUCCCAUUCGGUUUCUUCAAUGCCUACGGACACUCUGUGCGCAAGGAUUCCGUGGACUAUGUCGUCCAUCUCGGUGAUUACCUCUACGAAUACAAGAAUGGUGACUAUGGCUGGGGUAACAGCAUGGGACGCAUCCCUCUGCCGGACCGAACCAUCCUCACCCUUUAUGACUACCGCAAGCGCCUUGCCACCUACAGAACCGACUUGGAUCUGCUUGCCAGUCAUCAGAACUUUGCUUGGAUCCCUGUCUGGGAUGACCACGAGGUCGCCGAUAACACCUACCGGGAUGGCUCUUCGGAGCUCAAGAACGACGAAAAGUCAUUUAUUCAGGACGGAGGUGUCUCCGUUGACCAGCGUAAGAUGAACGCCGUCCGUGCUUACUUCGAAUGGAUGCCUAUCAGACAAGUCGAGAUGGACGAUAACCUUCGCAUCUGGAGAAACUUCAAGCUUGGAAAAUUGGUGGACCUGAUCAUGCUGGACACCAGACAAUACGACCGCUCCAUCACCGAUACCUACGAUAACACUAACUACAUCGACGAGAUCAAAGAUGAUGCCGGCCGCACUCUGAUGGGAAGCCGUCAGGAGAACUGGCUGCAGCGUAACCUGAUUGAGUCAGCCAACCGUGGUGCUCACUGGCGCAUCCUCGGCAGCCAAAUCAUUUUCUCUCAGUUGAACAUGUCAGCCACUAUGGGCGCCGAACAACCACUGAACCUGGAUGCUUGGGAUGGUUAUAUGGCGAGCAAGAACAGAACCUUGCAGACUCUCUACGACAACAAAAUUGGAAACAACAUCGUCAUUGCGGGAGAUACCCACGUCAACUGGGUCAGCGAUCUAGCCUGGCUCGACCACACCCCUUACGACGCCAGCACUGGGUCUGGCGCCAUCGGUGUGGAAUUCGGUGGAACGGCCGUCAGCUCUCCUUCCUCAUUCGGACAGAACACCACUAUUCCUGCGGCAAACAAUAUCUCCCAGAUCGUUGCCACUGACAGUGAGUCCCUGCAGUGGUCUGAGGGAUACUACCGUGGAUACUUUGAGCUCCACAUCACCCCAGAGCAAGUCAAAGCUCAUUUCUUCGGCUUGCCUACCACCAAGGAGCGCGACUUUGGAGAGAUCUCCCUGGCCAACUUCACUGUUAAGAGUGGCGAGAACCAUUUGCAACGGAACUCGGCCAAUGCGGCCGCUGGCGGAAUCGUGGAGAACGGGUUCCUCAAGAAUGGAAAGGUCGUGCAGAGUGGCAUGGUCCACGAUACUAAGACCGGUCGUUACUAUUCGAACUAG